AUGUACCCUGAGCUUGGAGCCAUCGCCGGUUAUGCGGUGACGUGCGUCUACAGUGUACCGGAUCCGAACUACUCAGAACUCUCCUUUAUGGAUGUCAUCGAUGCGAUGGGUGCCUCCAAGCAACCGACAAUCUUCGCAUUUCAGCAGAAGUUCCCUCCUGAAUUUGAGAAUAAGUAUCUGUUAAGCGGCAUCACACCUGGACACGGUGCGAUGGCAGUUCACGCUGUUAAUGUCCCCGUCUCAAUAGCGGGAAUGGAUGUCGCACCCGGUGAAAUUAUCCACAUGGAUGAGAACGGCGCGUGUAAGUUUCCGGCGGAUAAACUGGAGGCGGUCCUGACGAACGUCAAGGCGUUACUUGAAGAAGAGGGCGAUCGGAUUGGGAAACUGCUCUCAGGUCCGAAGACAGCGAAGCAGGUCCGUGCAAUUUUCAGCGGACACUCUUAUGCAGAAGACGAAGAAGAAUAG